GCUGGGACAUGACUUUUCAACAAAUGGCCGGUCCUUGUGCUGGCAACUGUUUAAGAGUGCAGAAUACUUCUUAGUAUUUUAAUUUUCCUACAUUUUACUCAUUUUCCUGAUUGCAAUCUCUUUCUCUCUCUCACCGGAAACCAUGGCUGCUCCGAUGAAGUUUGUAUUCGGGCUGCUAACCUUUGUCACUGUCGGAAUGAUCAUAGGUGCUUUGCUUCAAUUGGCAUUUAUACGAAGAUUAGAAGACUCAUAUGGCUCUGAGUUUCCAUCUCCUAGAAAAGUGCGUAGAAGUCUAAAUGAUGGUUAUCGUCAGUUGCCCGGAGGUGCUCAUUGGAGCAAUGAUAAAGAAGCAGAAAUUUUACGCCUGGGAUAUGUCAAACCUGAAGUAAUCAGCUGGGAGCCUCGAAUAAUUGUACUUCAUAAGUUCUUGAGCAUGGAGGAAUGUGACUACCUUAGAACUCUUGCCUCCCCUCGCCUUCAAGUCUCCACUGUAGUGGACGUAAGAACAGGAAAGGGAAUAAAGAGUAAUGUUCGCACAAGUUCUGGUAUGUUCUUGAGUCCCGAAGAGAAAAAGUACCCGAUGAUACAGGCAAUUGAAAAGCGUAUUGCUGUGUUUUCUCAAGUGCCAAUAGAAAAUGGGGAGCUCAUUCAAGUUUUAAGGUACGAAAAGGAUCAGUAUUACAAGCCUCACCAUGACUACUUCUCUGACACUUUUAACUUGAAACGUGGUGGUCAGCGAGUAGCAACAAUUCUGAUGUAUUUGAGUGAUAAUGUUGAGGGCGGAGAAACCAUUUUCCCUAUGGCUAGUUCAGGUAAAUGUACCUGCGGUGGAAGAGCUGUCACAGGUUUGUCUGUGAAGCCAACUAAAGGGGAUGCAGUACUUUUUUGGAGCAUGGUAAGGAAAGAGGAUCCGACGAGCAUACAUGGAGGGUGUGAGGUACUAUCCGGGGAAAAGUGGUCGGCUACAAAAUGGAUGAGGCAAAAACGUACCUCUUAGAUUGUAAGAAGUUUGGAGAUUUUACUAGGGGGUUUACAACAUGUGUAGCUUAGUGAUCCUGUAGUGUUUAGGUACAGCAGAUUCCGAAACCAAGAUGAACAUGAAGCAUAUCAGCUCGUCGGAAAUGUGAUACAUCGACAGCAGCAUCAUACAGCCUCAGCGUAGGUAGUGGUGGUAUUACCCAUCAGAAUCUAAUAGUUGAGUUGAACCCUCUCUGUAUCGAUCUUAGAAAGCGAAAAAUGUGACUUAUGAUGUCGAAUACCUGCUGCAGAAAAGAGCUCUGACGAUAAUCUGUGUUGUUGAGUUACCAAAUAAAGUACUUUUAUGAAAAUCUUCUUUUGCCUUUUA